AGCUUCCCCUGCGGUAAGAGAGACACAAUGAAUGCAGUUAUCUUCGCAAGUGGAGCCCCAGCUGCUUGGGAUGACACAAAUGAAAGGGUGUGAAGAAUUACCAAACAUAUGAGUAAACCUUUUCACAUCAUCCACUGACCAUCGAUUCAAGGAAGCUCUUUUUUGUCAGUGUCUCCCCACCGAUUUUCUUACUGAAGUCACUGCCGCCCCACAUUUGACAUCCCCACACACACCUUGAAUUGUAUUAACACUAACAAGUUGGGGGAAGCACGAACACCGCAGGUUUUCCGUCAGCUCCUAGGCUCCUGGCCUGCUGCGAAACGGCUCCGUGGGCUCCGGGCCGUGCGGGAGGGGCUGCGGGGAUCGGCGAGCUGCUGCAGGGCACACUCGGGCGGGGGGGUCCCCGCAGAAGGCACGGAGCACAGCCGGGGCGCCGGGCGGGCGCCGUCAGCACCGCGGACAGCGGCGGCGGGAGAGGAGCGGAGCGGAGCGGAGCCCGGCAUGGGCGGCGGGGGCAGAGCCCGGCGGGGCCCCGGGAGUGCAGGGGGAUGCCCCCGCCGCUGGGGCCGGCCCCCGACAGGCCUCGCCGCGCCUCGUUGCUGCCGGAGCCGCCUUGCCCCGCGGGCGCCUGGCGCGGCACGGAGCGGAGCGGCCCGGUGCGUCUCGGUUCGGUUCGGCGCCGCGCGGUUCGAUUCGGCCCGGCCCUUCCCGACCGCGGCCCGGCGCGGCGCCCCGGCGGAGCUCCUCAGUUCCGGUCACGUUGCCGCCUGUUUACGGCGCGGCUGCCGGCGGGCGGCGGGGCCGGGCCGGGCCGGGCGAGGCGGGGCCGCCGCAGGCAGCGCGGGCAGCGCGGGAGCCCGGCGCGGCCCCGGCCCCGGCCCCGGCCCCGGCCCGGCCCGGCGCGGCCGCCCUAUGACGCCCAGCGGGCGCCCCGCGGGGCCCCGGCGCUCCCCCCAGGAGUGGGCUGCAAAUUCGGUUGUGAUGGAGACCGUGUCCCUGGAGCACCAGAUCCAGAGUGUGCAGAGGCACAUCGCUUUCCUGAAGAAGGAGCAGAUGGAGCUGCUCCAUGGCCUGCACCUGGAGAUCCUCCGCCUGCAGAAGCACUGCUCAGAGCUGACCCACGACCUUGAGAUGAAGGAGCUGGAGGCCCGCCAGCAAGACGCGCUGGACCGGGAGCUGGAAGAGAAGUGCCGGGCGAUGGAGGCUCAGCUGCAGGAGAAGGAGAAGGACAAUCUGGAGCUGCGCAAGGAGCUGCGGCACAAGGAGACGCUGGUGGCCGCGCUGCGCUCCAGCCUCCGCAGCAAGGAGCGGCACUUCCUGGAGGAGCUGAAGCGGCGCAGCCACCGUGUCACCAUCCUCAACACUGAGCUGCAGAAGCAGACAGAAGCGGCCGCCUACCUCUCCCUGCAGCUGCAUGCCACCGCCCAGCGCGUGCCAGGCCCCCGUGGCGGUGGGCGGCCACCCCCCGAGCAGCCCCCGGCUGAGGGCAGGCCGCAGCGCCGCGGCCAUAGGGUGCACCCGCGGCGCCCACCUGGGGUUGGCACCCGGCCCAGGGACCCCGUGCGUGAGGAGCACGACGCCAUGCCUGACCCGGCCCUCUUCCUCUAUACAGCACGGCCGCCCGCCCCCGCAGCGCCCAUCACCGCUGGAGCCCCCCGCCGAGACCCGGGGUGCUGCCACGGCCCCCCGGGCACAACGGCUGCCCCAGCCGCCACCACAGGAGCCCAUAGCCAGGGCUCGGCCAGCCAAGGGUGAGCCUGGCAAGCAGCCGGGGCCUGGGCCCCGCGGUGCCCGCGCCCGGGAGUAGGCAUUGAGGUGGGCACGGCCUGAGUGGCUGGGAAGGUGCUGACCCCGGAGCACCAUGUGAGCACCAGCCGAGGUUGCUGCCCCUGUCCCCCCGGGGAAGGGGGCAGUGGAAGGCAGUGCUCUGCUUGCAGCCCAGCACUGAGCCCACAGGGCUGGGCCAUGCAGAGCAUGGUGGGGCAACGCUGCACGAGCUUGCCAAGGGCAAUAAAGGAACAAGGCUGGGACAAGGCUGCUGCAGGGGUCCCCCAGACUGAAAGGUGCCCACCUGCAGCACCCGGCGCUGCUCCCCACACGUUGCCGGAGCACGGCUGUGACCCACAUCACCCGCAUGGGGUGUCCACACGCCGGCACUGUGGCUCCUCAUUGGCACCUACAGCCGGCUGCUGUUUUCUCACCGCGGACUGAAAUCAUGUCAGCAAGGCACUGACAAAGCGGGAUCUGGUGCACUGCCACCCACGGGGCAGAGCUGGCCACAGUGCAGCCCCAUCAGGAGCAGAGGCUGCAGAUGACGCUUUGCCUGCAGUGUCCGACCCAUCGGAGUCCGCCUCCUUCGCGCUCAGUUCAAACCCCUGGGAAAGCAUCGCCCUCCCUCUGAACCAUCGCCUGCCUCCAUCCCGCAGAGUGCCCACGCAGCCGGAGGGCUCUAUUUUUGUAGCUCAGUGUUUAAAACUUACAAUGCUUUUACGAGACUCUCAGUAGCAAUCCCAGGCCAGCUGUCCAGAUGGUAAAAUCAAACCCCAAAGUACAAUCAGCUCUGCAGGAGGCGAGCAGCUUUCAUGCUGCCCUUUGUCUGUGCUGGGCACCCACUGGAAGAAGUGUCCAACUCCAGUGGCAGGACCCCCCCGUGCCCCCAGUGCUGCACCAGCAGCCUCUGGCCAUGCUCCCAGGAGGGCCCUGCAUGGCAGCAGGUGAGGGACAACCCAGCAUCCCACAGGUGAAGCCCCUCCCGGCCUUGGGACAGGGCUGCGCUUCCCAGGCUGAGUGCUUCUGCUGAGGGCACGUCUGAGUGUUCUUUUAUGUGAGAGAGGGUAAAACAUCUCAGUGCGUCCCUGUGCUGUGAUUUGCACAGCUGGUUUCCCCUCGUUCCUAGACAAUCCCGAUACACAGAGUGCGUUGCAUUUUUAUUAUAACGUUACUGAUAAAAUCAUGUUGUUCAUGACUGACCUGAGCAUUAGAAAGGGGAGGGCGUGUAAGUACCCUCCUGUUUUCUGUAAAUAUCUUCCUAACAAUCAGCAUUUUUAGUGCCUAGUAUGUAAAUGAAGCAACCCUGUGGGAGCUGCAGGACCCUUCCCCCUUCACAGCCAUCAGCUGCGCUCCGAGCUCAAGGGGCACAUCCCAUCUCAGUGCCUCGUGGCUUCUGCCCACCCCAUGCCAGCCUGGAUGGAGGCAGCAGGGCCAUGAGAGUCCGGGGCCAGCCCUGAGCUGGGGAGGGCCGGCCUCAUGCACUGCACUGCGGUCACUGCUGCUCCUGAAUGGGGGGAAGCUCUAGAGUACAAUAUAUACGCACUUAUAUAUAUGUAUACACAUAACGCACUUGCUUUGAAGGGAAAACACUGUAUGAUUGUAAUAGAAAUGAUGUUGAAAUAAAUUAUUUUAAUCUUUGUAUUUAUA